GGGAAAUUACCUUCAUAAUUCUCUUCUAUGAGAAUUACUUUCAAAAUCCUCUCUCUUUCUCUCAUAUAUGAGAAUUACCUUCUUACUAUUACUACAUUUCCCAUCCAUGUUAUACAGAAUGGACAACUUAAGGGUGUGAUGGGUGCAAGUGGAGGAUUGAGAAUAGUUCCUGCAAAUAUACAAGUCUACUUGAACCAUUUCAUUCACCGAAUGGACCCAUUCGAAUCGAUUCUCGCACCUCGACUCUACCAUGCACUUGUGCCCAACAUUUUGGAAUUCGAGAAGUGGGACACAGUGAGCGGCUAUCACAUUGAAGUACCCCUAGAGGAUAGGGUUGACCUGGCAAAGAAGGGCCAUGUCCUAAAAGCCUUAGCAUUUGGGGCCAAAUGCCAAUUUGUGGUUCACCACCUCCCCCGUUGGCCACAGGGAGAGACCGUUGUCACAGCAAAACUCACAGGCGUAAGUGACCCAAGAAAGGAAGGUGAACCUGCUGGUUACUAAUAUGUGCCGCUGCUGCCUCUCUCUCUCUCUCUCUCUCUUUUAUUUAAGCUGGAGGAUGUUGGUUCAUGUGUGUAUUCCCUAACGUGCUUUAAUGGCGACCCUUCUUGUUUCACUCUCGAAAGUGAAUUUGCUCCAUCUUUGGUAAUAAAGCCGAGUUUACAUUCUAAUGCCAUUUAA